AGACACAAGCAGGAGGAUUAGUCUUCAGAGAAAGAGGGAGACUCUCCAUCCCCAUCAUGUGGGGAGCAAAGCUCUGCUGUUUGCUGCUCCUGGGCUCGUACACGCUCGCCCAACAAGAUGUAGGAAGUCUAGAUGAGCCAUCUCCUCUUUGCUUUUUGGCCAGAAGAUACAAAAACUUCAAACGCUUUGUGUACAACUACGAAGCCGAGACGUUGAACGGCGUGAAUGGAGCCACGGAUAACAACAGCGGCCCUAAAGUCCACUGCACCGUUGAGGUCGACGUGCCCCAGACGUGUAGCUUCAUCCUCCGCACCACAGACUGCUCUCUGAAGGAGAUCUCCGGCGUGGACGAUGAUGGGAAGCUGGUGUACCGUCCUGCAGCUGGUGCUGAGGAUUUCAAAGCUGCAAUGGCCAAGAACCCUUUGAAGAUUUCAGUGGAAGGACAAAAUGAUGUCAAACUGUACCCUGAGGAUGACGAGUCCACCAACAUCCUGAACGUGAAGAGGGGGAUCAUCUCCGCCCUCCUGGUGCCUGACCUGGACGAGGAGAAGAGCGCAGAGAUGCCCACCGUGCACGGCGUGUGCUCCUCCAAGCUUUCUGUCAACUCCAGAGACGAUGACGCCGUCGACGUGACGGUCAGCAGGGAUCUGACGGCGUGUGACCGGUUCGUGGCUCGCAGACAGGACACCAGUCCUCUGGCCCUCGUCUCUGGCAUGAACUACCCGCUGUCCAAGAUGAUCAGCAGCUCUCAGAUCUGCAACUACAAGUUUGACAGCCGGGAGAAGUACAUGACCAGUGGCUCCUGCACAGAGAAACACAUCUUCCUUCCCUUCUCUCAUAAGAAUGAAUUUGGAAUUUCUGCAGUCGUGAGGCAAACUGUGACCCUGACAGAGACUUCUAGGAUCAAUGACCGAGUAUUCCACCACAAUGAAAACCUGAAGCAGCUGCCCAUGGAGGCCGUUGACGACAAGCUGCCGGUGCAGAACAAGGACGCCGUUCUAACCACGAUGCAGAAGCUGAGCGUGCUGUCGCAGACCACCGAGGGCGAGGAGCGUGCCGGACUCUUCCGCAAGCUGGUUUCCGAGCUCCACGGCCUGAGGGCCGACGUCCUGAGCUCCGCCGCUGAUGAGAUGAUGGGCAUCUCCGGCCCUCUGACCUGGCAAGCGCUGGCUCAGUGUGGCACCCCAGAGUGCACCAGCGGCAUGCUGAAGGUUCUCCGAGGAUUCGACCAUGGCGCGUCUGAGGUGGAUGCUGCCGUCUACGCCCUGGGAAUGCUGUCCAACCCCUCCCGCCUGAUGGUGAAAGACUUGCUGGCGAUGGCUCAGUACAAGCAGAGCAAACCCAUCAUGUAUGCCUUGAGCAAUGCAGUCACCAGACUGUACAAGUCUGAGGGUGUCACCCCAGAGAUCACCGCUGUCUUUGAGUACAUAACAUCCCUUCUGGGUGAAGACUGUGCAGGGGAGAAAGACCUGACCUUCCUGACCCUGAGGGUUGUUGGUAACAUGGGAGAAGCGAUGGAGGCUGCUGACCCUGCUAUUAAGAGCACCCUGCUGAAGUGCAUGAGACAACCUUCCACCACUUUGUCCGUGCAGCUGGCAGCCAUUCAAGCCUUCAGACGCAUGUCCGUCACAGAAGAGGUUCGCGUCAACCUCCAAAAGGUCACCCAGUACGCCAAGGGUGCCGUGCAGAAGCGCCUGGCGGCGUACCUCAUUCUGAUGAGGGAUCCUCAGGAAAGUGACUUUCAGAUGGUGAAGAAGCUUCUCAGCCAGGAGGAGAACAUGCAGGUCAAAGCUUUUGUCUCCUCUCACGUCUACAACAUCAUCUCCUCAACGGACUCAGAGACUAAAAAGCUCGGUAAGAGGAUAAUGGACGUCCUGCAAGACACUGAUGUAGUCGCACACAACGACUACACCACCAAGUCUCGCAACUACAAGCUGGGUGUGACACACGAGAGCAUGCAGGCCAGCAUUCAGGGCAACAUCAUUUUUGAUCCCAGCAACCAGCUGCCAAAAGAAAUCCUGCUUGAAACGACCCUGGAAGCGUUUGGUUACAGCAUGGAUAUUUGGGAGGUCGGCGUGGAGGGGAAAGGAUUCGAGCCAACCAUCGAGGCUUUGUUUGGACAGAAUGGUUUCUUUCCUGACUCUGUGUCUAAAGCUCUGUACUGGGCUGAGGACAAGAUGCCGCCAAAGAUCAGAGAAGUUCUGGAAAAAUGGCUUGCUCCUCUGAAAUCAGGACAGCCGAAGAUUCCUGAAAACCUUAUGGGAGAAAUCCUUCUUAACUUCAACAAGCUGGUGAAAGAUCUGCAGAGUCAAGAGUCCCCAGAAGCCAUGGCCUACCUGAGGAUCAUGGGAACUGAGCUCGGUUUCAUCAAGGGCAGCGAUCUGAAGUUUAUUGCUGAAAACGCAAUUUUGAACGCAAAGGUUUUCAUGCAUCACGCCAAGUUCACAGGCAUCUCGAUGCCAGGCUUAAACAACGAGAUUUUUGCACACUACAUCUUUAUGGACAACAAAUUCACCUUACCCACAGCAUCUGGCCUGCCAAUGACAUUUGCUCUUUCUGGCACUUUUGCUCCUGGUGCAAAAGGAGGUCUUCGCAUUUCUCCGAACAUGAAGGAGUUGGCCUUCAGUCCCUCUGUUGGAGUUGAGUUCAUGACUCAGAUGGGGGUCCAAAUGCCCGAGUUUGUUGUCUCUGCUGUUGAAAUGCGGACCAACCUGUUCCACGAGAGUUCUCUCAGUGCCAAGAUCACCAUGGAGCAAAACCAGGUCAAGCUUUCCAUCCCUGCUCCACAGGGCACCACCAAACUCUUCAGAAUCAGCAAUAAAGUGGAGAUUGUAGGUUCUGGUCAGGCAACAAUGAUCCCACACAAACAGAGCAAAUCAAAGUGCAACCGUCUUUUCUCUGGAAUCAAGUUCUGCUCCACGAUGCUUUACAAUGAUGCUCGUGACAAGACCACAGCUCCUUACUUCCCCCUGAAUGGAGAGACCAUGCUUGCUUUCGACAUCGAGCCGACUAAAGAGAUCACUGAGUACACGGCCACGGUUGUCUACGACCUCCUCAGCGAAGGAAAGGAUGGUCGCCAUAAAGUUGACUCCUUGAAGAUGAUCCUCAGGGCUGAAGGUAAACAGCCCACUGAGGCUACAGCCAUCAUGAAGUACAACAGGAACAGGAAUAUUUUCACCACUCAGAUCCAGAUCCCUGACAUUGACAUUGAGGCAGGUGUUAAGAUGGGUGCGACAGACAGCAGCUCAAAGGGCAAAUCCAUCUUCCUCGAGCUCUCCAACAAGAACGUGCAACAGCUGUCUCUGAUUGGUCGUGCCAAAUUUCAGGCCAUGAAUGAUGGGAUGCUGCAGGUUCAACUGCUGGUGCCAUCCCUCAGGACCGAUGCCUCCCUCACUGCUACAAUGAGCAAUACUGAUGGACUCACCAUGCAGAUCAAGAGUGAUGUGAAACUCCCAGAGGUCUCCUCCGUUCAGGCAGUCACCAUCACAUAUGGUAAAGAGCAGGUUGAGGUGUCUUUGAUGUCCAACAUGAAUGCUGACACAAAGAUCCCAGUGCAUUAUACCAAAGCUGCUCAGACUCUGUUCGGGCAGCUUGCAAACGAUGUCAUGGACCGGCAGGUUGACAAUACAGACAUGAAGCUGCGGCACAUUCUCAACAAAGGACUUGAGGCCACCGACAUCUGGAUGGAUAAGAUCUCUGCUGAUGUUCCCUGCAUCAAGAAACUGAGGGACAGCGUUGCAUUGAUGCAAAUCCCAUCAGUGCCUGAAAAUUUAUUUAUGAACCUUGAAAGCAACCUCAGAUACCAGUUCAACCAGAACCAUUUCACAAUGACCAUCCCUCUGCCACUUGGUGGGAAAACAUCCGAGGAGCUGAGGAUACCAUCUGUUGUCACCUCCCCACGCAUUUUUGUGCCUGAGCUGGAACUAGAUUUUGCCCCACAGAAGAUCCCGAUCCCACGUUUUACCAUCCCCUCUGAAUACGAUCUCACCCUGCCUCUGGUGGGACUGAUGGAGGCAUCUGCCAAGGUCAACAGCAACUACUACGACUGGGAGGCGGUGCUCACUGCUGGUAACAACACUGCUGAGUCACCUGAAUAUGUGGCCAAGUUCAGCAUCAUGGCUGAAAGUCCAAUAAGACUGCUCUCCUUCUCAGCUGAGGGAGCCUCCAAAAUCACAGACACAGAUAAGGAAACGAUUGAAGUCACCGUCGAUGGAGCCCUGAAACACAUGCUCGUCAACACUGGUUUUAGUGUUGUGGAAAGUGUUGCUGUCACAGACAAUGUGCUAACAACGGGUCAUUACAAGUUAUAUGCUGCUGCUGAUCCCGUGGGUCUGAACACUAAUUUGACCGUUACCACCCAGUACACCCUUGACUCAAACAUGCUCUUCGGAGACGUUAACACAGACGGAAGUAUCGCCUUUGGACCCCUGGCUGCCACCACCACCUACCACCACACCUUCUCCGUUGAGCCAGUCAAAAAAGAAGCAAAAAUGGACAGCACCCUGAAUGUGAACUCUAAAAAGCUGAAGUUUUCCAACAAGAUCAAAGCAUCUUAUGAAAAAGAUGAAUUUUUGUUUAAAUCAACCACCGACGUGAACCAUGACCCCAUCACGCACACCACCAAAAUUAACCUUAGCUACAAGGAGUUCAUACUCGGCUUCCAGUCUGAUUCUGUGACCAAUGCUUAUGAGAAGAUGAUCCAUAGCAGGACGGAGUUCUCUUCUUCUGUAGGACAGGCUGUCCUCAGAGUAGAGACCCAAGCUGAGGAUAAGAACACGCAGAACCGUGCAUACUCCCUGCUGACUGGAGCCAUGAAUCCCUCUGGCUUAGAGAUCAACGCUGACGCCUCCAUAAACAUCUUCUCAAGCAUUGCUUCCCACAAAGCAACCUUGUCACUGACCACAAAUGGCUUGACCACCAGCUGCACAACAACUGCCCGCCACAGCCCCUUUACAUUUGAGAACAUUUUCCACGGUGGAGUUGACGCCUCUAAAGCCACCUUGUCUCUCACAACCAAAGGAAGCAUUCAAGCUAACAAAGCCGAGCUCAACGUGGAGGGAAAGCUUGCAACCACAGAAGUGUAUCUCAACAGCAUGUUUGCAGGUAACCUGUUUGACGUUAGCAGCAGGAACAGAGUGAACCUCAGACUGAAUGAGGAUGGCUUGGUCUUCUCCAACAACAUGGUUGGAUCUUUCAGGGAGAUGAAGACCGAUAACACCCACUCACUAUCUCUUAAUUUGAGAUCUUUAACCCUCCAGUCCAAAACUGACAACUUCCUUGACAGCAGCAACUCCUACAUGCAGGACAUCACUCUCGACAUGAAGCGUUUUACUGUCUCGGCCACAGUGAAAAAUGACCUGAAGGUGAUGGCGGUUAACUUUGUGAAUGAUGCCAAGUUUAAGGCAGAACCUUACAACAUGGAACUGGCUGGAACACUGAUGGGAUCCUUCUCAGAAGAGGAGCUCAAGCACAGAUAUGAAAUCAAGUUUGCCGACAUGAUCCUGUCUGCAAAGUGCAACACCAAUGGAAAACUCCUGGGAUCUCAUUUGACACAUGACACUGAUGUGGAAGUUGAUGGUUUGACGGUGAAGUUCAAUAAUGUGGCCAACUUUAACUCACCCUUCCUUCGUCUGGACAGUACGAUCAAAUCUGCUGCCGCACCCUUCACCCUCAACAUCGAUGCCAUUUUCAAUUCAAACAGUGAGGUGCAUGUGUACGGGCAGCACAACGGCGCAGUGUAUAGCAAGUUCCUCCUGAAAGCAGAACCCACACUGUUCACUCAGUCCUUUGAGUACAGAGCCUCAACCAGCCACGAAAUGGCAGACAGACCUGCAAUCAAGACCAGCAUGGAUAACAAGAUGAACAACAUGUUAAGCCUGCAAGAGCAAAGUGUUUCACUGAAGGUGACAUCCACAGUAAAUGAGCAUGUUUUUAAUCAAGAACUGAGCGCAUACAACAAUCCAACAAACAUGGGUAUUGAAAUGAAAGGAGCAGUCUCAACCCCACUCUUCAGUGAGGACAGCCAAGAUUACGCCAUCUCUGGAUUUGUGAAAUAUGACAAGAACCGUGAAAGCCACUCCAUCCUGAUCCCAUUCAUCGAGCACCUGCCAGCAGUAAUUGACAACAUGAAGACCACAAUGAUGGAGCUGAUGGACUACAGCAUCAAGAUGCUGAAAGACGUCAGCACCAGGUAUGAGAUCAGUGCCAAGUUUCAGGACAAAAUGGCAGAACUGAAAGACGCCAUUGACCAUUUUGAAUUUGACCUCUUUGUCCAAGACCUAAAAGAGUUUAUCACCUUUCUGGAAAAGUACAUCACCGAACUGAUGGCCAAGUUCCCUAAGGACAAAAUUAUUAAUCAGCUCAAAUCUAUCAAAGACGCUAUCAAGGCUACAAUCAAUAACUAUAAUAUCAAUGAAAAACUUGCAGCAGUUUAUAUCAAAAUUGAAGAGUUUCUCUCCAACUAUGAGGUUGAACAAAUAAUUGGGGCCUUUAUGGAUGACGUGGUUGAAAUUAUGCGGGCAUAUCAGAUCAGAGAGAAGCUCCAGAUUAUAUAUGAAGCUCUGACAUCAAUUGACAUCCAGCCUUUGCUGAAUACAGCCCUGGUGCCCAUUAAGGAGCUCAUGAAUGAACUGUACGCCUUUGACUUCAAACAGCUGAUUGAUGACAUGAGUGACUAUUUCAUGAGAAUGAUCCAGAAAAUUCAGUCCUAUGAUUAUGAAACACUCACAAAGGAGCUGAAAGAGAAAGUUGAAGACAUGAGCAAGAUUCCUUGUUUUGGAAAACUCUACGGUGAGUUCAGAGUUACCUCACCUCAUUACAAACUAAGAACCACCGCUGACCUGGAGAACACCACAACCUCAUCCAUCACACCAGAGUUCAAAAUAAAUUUUAACUCAUGGGCUGAUUCUACUCUGAAUGUCCUUGACUUCAUUGUGGAUGCCUCUGCACAAUUUUCUGCACCCGAGAUGAGCCGUUUGACCUUUUCUGAGAUCAUUAAAGUACAUCAGCCAUCCUUUACACUUGAACACAAAGGAGCAAUGGAUUUGCAUGGACUAUCAGCCCUAGCUUCUGCUGAAACAGCUGCAAAAAUCACAACUGAGCCCUAUGUUGCAGAGCUUCUUAACAAUGCAAUCCUCAACACGGAAAAUGAAAUCUCCGCCACAAUGAAGACUACCUACAAACAUGACCUCAAGAUGCCCCCCCUCAACAUGUUCAGUGAAAUGAUGACAGAGCAAAAUACUGUAUUUAGGCUCGCAGAUGGCACCAUGCAUCUCACUUUAAAUAAUCAGGGUAAUGGGAAACAUGCAUUUCAGAAAUUCUCAGAUGAGGGAACCCACAAGAGUGACAUCGACGUGGAAAUGAAUCUCCACAAAGCCAAAGUGACCUUCACUGGAGUGACGAGCAGCAACCACUUGAAGAUGAACCAAAAUCUUGAUGCUGAUAUUUGCAUUUUCCGCCAUGUCAUCAUCAAUGCCAAGGCUGAGACUGAAACGCCUUCCAUUAAGGGCAGCGUUGCAGAGGUCAAGCUCCAAGCUAAGGUUGAAGACAUGAGAAUCGAUCUCACCACCUCCCACAACGCAGAAUUGGUCGGUCAAGUAGAAGGAGGUAUUACAAGCUCUGCCGUCGCUUUGAUCAAACCUACAGAGCUCGUGUUUGAUGUGAAGAACAAAGGCAAUGCCAGGGUCGUCCUUCCAUUCGGGCUGUCCGGAGAAGUUGACCUCCAGAAUGACGUUGCGUUCACUCUGAACUCUGAAGUGCACCAGGCAAGCUGGGCGGGUCUGGCCAGAUUCAACCAGUACAAAUACUCCCAUUCCUUUUCCAUGGACAAUGGUGAGAGAGAAAUUAACAUAAUUUCCCAAAUAAAUGGGGAGGCGGAUCUGGACUUACUGAAGAAACCUAUCACCAUUCCUGAAAUCACCUUACCAUUUGUUGGCAUGAAGACCCCUAGAGUGGAGGACUAUUCUCUCUGGGAAGACGCUGGCCUGAGCUACUUCCUGAUUACAACUCAGCAGACGUUGGACAUGAAAUCUAACUUGAAGUAUGUUAAGAAUCCUGAGAUGAUCACUAUUGAUAUUAAUCUGGAACCAGUCAUUAAUACCAUUAACACCAGCAUGAAGGCACUGCACAGGAGAGCGCUCACUUGCAAGGAUAAGGCCACAGUCAUCCUCGCUUCGUCUUACGACAAAGCAAAGGCAGAGUAUGAAAAAUACAGUGUUGAGUUGCCAAAAGCCAUUGAGAUACCUGCCUACAGAGUUCCAGUGAUGAAUGUUGAGACAUCUUCCUUCACAAUUCCCCUGCUCGAUGCCUCUCUCAUGACAAUGCCCGCCCUACAUGUCCCAUCUGUCCUCAACAAGCUGACUGUCCCAAAAGUCAGCCUGCCCAAAAUUCAGACCAUCAAGAUCCCAAUGAUGGGAGACCUGACCUAUGAGUUCUCCAUGAAUACAGCAGCGAUCACGUUCAAAACUGACGCCAGCAUCCUCAACCAGGAUGGCCUUAACAUCAAACUUGAUGCCUCCUCGUUGUCUGAAUUUACUAUUCUGAAUGGGAAGAUCGAGGCCAGCACCAAAGUGAACACAGUGGAUGAAUUUCAAUUGGCCUCCUCCCUGUCUGUGAAACAUUCACUGCUGGAAGGAAAACACAAAAGCGCCAUCGUCUUAAGCUCUGAGAAUGUAGACACAUCCAUCACCAACUCCGCAAAAAUCAAUCUGCCUUCAGUGACGAUGGAAAUCAAGCAGGAAAUGAAAGGGAAUCCAGUGGAAGGCCUUGUCGUCUCCAUGUCUACUCCAUCUUCGGGACUCAUUGCUGUUCAGAUGCAGACAAAGCGGCCAGCACAAUUGAAAGCCAGACUCUACGGACGCUACCCGACUAAGCCAACAACCGACGUUGACAUCGUUGGUCUCAAGAUGUCUGUGGUUGAAUCCAGAAAGCUGAACCUCCAGACCACCUGGAAUACGGAGAUGCCAUACGAGAUGAUGCUGGGACUGAAAAAACAUGUACUCGAGGUGGUGGAAAUGGUUUCGGAUCCAGCUCUCAGAACAUACAAAAAACUCAACAGACAUGCUAGAAGCCUAAAGAGCUCACUUGAAAAGGCUACAAAGCAAGGUAAAGAAAUGUUGAAGAAUGCUGUUGAGAACCUAGCUGCAGUUAGUCCCUCUGAUGCGAUGCCCGCUGUCAUAGAUAAGACCAUUCUGAUUCUCAGAGAGUACCAAAAGAAGGUUGAACUUGUUCUUGAUGCUGUUGUUAGAUUCCUGAAACAGACCAAGUUCCAGAUCCCUGGUUAUGAACGAAGGCUCUCUGGACUUGAGAUCUACCAGAAAUUGAGCGCUUUUAUUGCCGAUGUGUCUGAGGAGGCUUUGGAAAAGAUCCCAAAGUAUCUCACCUCCAUGUUCGCACCAGUCUUUGAGCAAUUCCAAACAAUUCAGUUCAGUUUUCCAGGCUCUGACCGUAUUCUCAGCGGGAAAGAGAUUCUAGAUAUCGUAUUGGAGUAUGUAAAGAAAAUCCAAGAGUAUGUGAUUGGUACCGUGAGGAAACUAGGAGACACCCAGCUGGAAGAUAAAAUCAGGAAAAUCCAAACAUUUACGCAGUUUAUCAUUGAACAGAGUGAAAACUUUCUCCAAAAACUAAAACAUGAAAACAUAGACGGCAUUUACAACUUACUGGCUGAGCGGUACAGCGAUCUGAAGGACUCACCUGUCCUGGCAGAUGCUUCUGAAAAAUUGAAGGUGUUCCACAGAAUUAUUUUGGAAUUUCUAAGCUCUGUAAUGGAUAAACUCUCCCACAUUCCAUUAUCUCAGGAAUCUUCUGAACAGCUCAGAGCAGACAUCCAGUCUUGGAUCGACUCCAUGGUAAAAGGCAUUAACACCUUCCACAAUAAUGUCAUCAGGAGCCUCAAAGAAAAAAGCAAGAGCGUUGAAUCGUAUGUUAAAGUAGGAGACAGGCAGAUAGAGGUUGAUAUUCCUUUACCAAAUGUUGCCAGAUUCAACUGAAUUCAACCAAAAUGAUGAAUAAAUGUUUGUAAUAACUGUUUCUUUAUCAUAUCCAGCAAUACAGAAAUAAAUGUUUUGUCAUUAAAAAACAAAGCUCUACAUUAAAAGCUGUUUCUUUUUCCAUUUAAUUUUAUUUCACAGUAAACCAACAAUUGUUCUGAUUCUGCUGUGUUGUCCUUUGUGUCUUGUACUAUUUAAAAAGCCAUGUGGUCAUCAAUAAAUACAGUUUGUACUGUA